AUGGUCUUGGCAGCACUGGUGCACCGCUGCUGCUUCUUGGUGACAAAGCUGGCAUUGUUCUCCAGAGCACCCAGCGCAUUUCUUGUCGAUGCAAGUGCUUGCAUCAGCCUCGCACACGCAGGUAAGCCCUUCGGCACCAUACAGGUCAGCACAGAGGUCAGCGUCUGGCUGCUCCACCUUGCACAUCUCUGGCUGCGCACUUGCAUCGUACGUGGCACAGCACUGGGCGAUGCGGGUGGCAUCCUCGCGGCAAAGGUCGCACUGCUCCCCACCAAAGCAGUGGCAUUGCUCUUCGAUGCAGGCCUUGGUAUCCUCCUCAACGUCAGCAUCGUCGCAUAUUUUGGCGGCGUGGUUGAAUGCCAAUGCUUGUCACAGCACUGA